UACAGCGGAGGCUAUGAAACACAUCCAAGGAGGACUUAAAAAUGAAGGAGACAAAAAUUUUUUGAACGUUGGAAAGUUUGACAAAACUUAUGCUGGUGCUGGAGAUAUGUUAGCUAAAGCAUCAUCGUUUGGAGGAGAGAACCCCAACGGGAUGAUUCGCGACGUGGUUCACGACCGUAUAGACAACCUGGACAAACAGGGCGCGUCGGAUUUAGCACAGAAACAUAUGAACAAGGCCAUUGAUAAAGCAUCUAAUUUCAUUUCUGACGUGGCCACCAAGGAAUGUGGUUUGAGUGCAGCAGAAAUUGCCGCGUGGAAAGCUUCAGGCGCAGGCGCGGGUGCGGGCGCGGGCGCGGGCGCGGGCGCUGGCGCGGGCGCGGGCGUGGGCGCGGGCGCGGGCGCGGGCGCGGGCAUGGGUACCUAUAUUACUACUUCAUUUAUUAAAUACUAAAUAACUA